AUGGAUAGUGCUCGAAAAAACCCAUCAAAAAGAGCUGCUUUAAUCUAACAAUUAGAUAUGCUUGAUAAAUCAAUUCUCCAUAAUUGUUAUCAUCAAGAACUUUAGAAGACAUUUUUAAAAAAAAGCACUGAAAAAGAAUAAAAAGGAAUCCAGAUAGAGAUUAUUUAAGAGUAAGAUGAAUUGAGUAUAGCUUAGAAAAGAGUGAAUUAAUUAGUAAAUCUAAAUAAAUAACUUGAUGAGCAAAUACAAAAAAAUGAUUUGUUGUAACAAUAAAAAAUAAUGGAGGAUAUGAAUUCAAUUUUGAAUAAUCAAUUUGAUCAAUUUAUUAGUCAAUAAGCAGAUCGAAAUUAAAUAUUAAAUCGAUUAUAGAGUGAUUUUAAUGCAAAUCACUUAAGUAUGUAAAUAUUGGAGGGAGAAUAUUUAAUUGCAGAAUUCAAAAAAAUAAAUUAGAUGGAUCAAUAAAUUUUUCAAUAACAAUCAUAAGAAUAUGCAGACAUAUAUAAAAUAUAAUAUUAAAUGCAAGAAGAGUUGAAAAUAGUAAGUGGAGAACUUGAAAAGUAUUAAAAGCUAAAUUAAACAAACAAUUUGUAAAAUUAUGUGCUUUAAGGUCAAGCUAAAAAUAAAUAAUUUAGUCUGCAAUUGAUUCAAGAAUAAUAUUAUUGCCAAAAAAAAAAAAUUAGAGCUUUCUGCAUAUUUUACAAUAAAUUAAAUGAAUAUGAUUAAACUUAUUAACCAUAUUUUAAAAUUAAGAAUUAAAAAUAAUUGUCUUUUGAAAGUAAUGAAUAAUUAAAUAAUGAAAACACUUCAAUCAAUUUAUGGUCAAGUUCUAAGUAAAAGGUUAAGAAGAUUAAUCCAUAUCGUUGUCAAUUCUAUAAAUUUGAUUAAAUUUUUUAAAGAAAAGAAAAUUCAAGAACUAAUUAAUAUGAAUAGUUAUUUAAUUAAUUAGAAUUAUUUAUUAAAGGAACGCUUUAUAAAUAAAUAGAUUUAAUUUUGAAGAGUUAUGCAUUUAAUAGUUAAGAAUAUCAUUUAAUUUAUAAUUAAGAUUUAAAUGAAAAUGUUGAAAAACUUCGAAGACUAUGUGAUAAAGAAAAGACAGAUGUAUGCAAUGUAAAUAACUUAAUAUAUUUAAGAAAUUGAUUGUAUUGUUAUCUGACAAAAAUAGAGGAUUAGUAGUAAAUUUAGUUAGUGAUAUUGUGAAGAUUCUUUCUCAUUUUAAUAAUUAAUUGAUUGAAGUGAAUAGUUUGAUAUUAACUCUUACUAAGUUUUAGAUAAAGGAUUAAUUUAGUGAAGAUAUUUUAGAAUGUAAUGCAUAAAAUAUAGAAAUGAUGUUGGAUUGUUUAAGAAGUAAAGAGAUAUUCAAAAAAAGUUAAUUUCAUUUAAAAAUAGAAAUUAAUUUAAAUAACAAUAUAAAAAGAGUUUUACAUAUUUUGAUGUUAGCUCCUCUUUUAAUAGAGAAUAAUGAAUUAUUUUGCAAAUAGUUUAAAAACAUUUUGAAGAGAGAAAAAGCUUUUAAGGAAUAAAUUGGUUCUAGAAUUGAAGGCAUUGUAAAAGUAAUCAUCAUUUUAAUUAUUAGAAUAUUGAUAAAAUUAUAAUAAUAGCGCAAAUACCAGAAAUGAUUCGAGCUAAAGAUAAUUUAUUAAAAAAGAUUUCUAUAGUAUAAAAUAUCAUCAAUUUUUAAUCUUUGUUGGUAUUUAAAUAAGAAAAUUGA